AUGACAGCUGCCUCCUACAACGCCUGUCUCAGCCCACCUGCCUUCGUCCUCCUGGGCAUUCCUCAGCUGGAAGCGGUCCACGCGUGGCUGUCCAUCCCCUUUGGCUUCCUCUACCUCCUGGCCAUGCUUGGGAACUGCACCCUCCUCUUCGUCAUCAGGGCAGAGCCCGGCCUCCACCAGCCCAUGUACCUCUUCCUUUCCAUGCUGGCCGUCACUGACCUGGUGCUCUCCUCCUCCACCCUGCCCAAGCUGCUGGCCAUCUUCUGGUUCAGCAGCAAGGAGAUUGGCUUCCACGCGUGCCUCCUCCAGAUGUUCGUCAUCCAUUCCUUUGCCACGGUGGAAUCAGGGAUUUUCCUUGCCAUGGCUUAUGACCGUUACGUGGCGAUAUGUACCCCCUUGAGACACAAGGCCAUCUUAACCCAUUCGGCGGUGGUCAAGAUUGGGGUGGCAGCUCUCCUGAGGGGCUUCCUCUACAUCUCUCCCCUUCCUUUGCUUGUGAGGAGACUGACCCGCUACCGCACCAACAUCAUUGCGCACUCUUAUUGUGAGCACAUGGCUGUGGUGAUGCUCUCCUGUGAGGACACCUCCAUCAGCAACAUCUACGGCAUGGCCAUUGGCUUCCUGAUACUCACCGUUGACUCCCUGGGCAUUGGGGUGUCUUAUGUCCUGAUCCUCCGGGCAGUGAUGAAUUUGGACACAGCAGAGGCCCGACUCAAAUCUUUCAGCACUUGUAGCUCCCACAUUUGUGCCAUCCUAGCUUUCUACAUCCCCAUAGCAGUCUCCUCCCUGACCCACAGGUUUGGCCACCAGGUGUCUCCUCCAACUCACAUUCUUCUGGCCAACUUCUAUCUCAUCUUUCCCCCUGUCCUGAAUCCCAUUGUUUACACUGUCCGGACCAAAGAAAUGCAGAGGAAGUUAGCCAAGACGCUAUCCUGGGCCCAGAGACGAGCCAGAGGCCUUUUGUAA